UCUACAGCACUUGACAUGGCCUUAAUGCAUUCUUUUACGACAACCGGCAAGAUGGCGGAGGCAAUGAGAGCGAAUGUUGCAGCACUUUUGCAAGGAAUAGACAGAUACAAUCCUGAAAACUUGGCAACACUAGAGCGUUACAUUGAAAUGCAAUGUAGAGACAACACAUAUGACUUGGAAGCCAAUCUAGCAGUCUUAAAACUGUACCAGUUCAACCCGAUGUAUUUCCAGACUGGGGUUACUGCCCAUAUUUUGUUGAAAGCCCUCACCAAUCUGCCACAUUAUGACUUCACACUUUGCAAGUGCUUGAUUGAUGCAAUCAGGCUGGAGGAGGAAUCUUUACAGAGAAUCAUGACUCUUGCUGAUAUGUUAGAAACAUGCCAAUUCAAAGAUUUCUGGAAGGAUUUGAAUGAAUAUCCAGACAUCAUCCUUGGAGUCACUGGGUUUGAAGAUUCAAUAAGAAAAUUUGUUUGUUAUGUGAUCAGCAUCACCUACCAGCACAUCAGCAAGUACGCUCUUCAGGAGUUACUGGGAAAUAUACCAGAACCAGUGGCACUUCAGUGGGCUGGUAAAUAUGGUUGGAAAGUUGAGGAGUCUGGCUGGAUAUUCGUUGCCAAUCAAGAUUCUAACAUCAAAACAAAGAACAUCACUGAGCAGAUUACAUUUGAAAGUGUUAGUGAGAUAAUGGCCAUGGCACGCCCAACGGGAUCAAAACCUGGAUAUGCAGGUCCAAGUUCAUACAGUUCGUGAUGAGCUAGAUAAACUGAAAAAUGGGGAGGAUUUCAGGACAUACGGUUGUGGGAUUUCUUUAUAAGAACCAGUACCAUUAUUCUUUUCAUGCUGGAUACUAAGAGGAAAUAUUUCUCAUGGACUGUUGGGUUGUAAGCAGUGACUUUGCAGAUUGAGAAUGAUCUUUGUCAAGCUUAUGUGGUGUGCAAUGUUUUCCUUUGUAUGCAGUAUCGGCAAGUAAGAAAUAAAUCAUUAAAGGAAGUUAA